AUGUCAUCGCUUAACCUCGCACGCUUCGCUGUUCGCUCUUGCUACUCGCCUGCUGCUCGCCGCGCCAUCGGCACGUCGCCAGCCGUUCGUUCAUCAUGGUCGCCCGGCCCUUCGCCGCCACGUCUUCCCAAGGAUGAGCAGGAAGUAUUCGACAAGCUCAUGAGGCAAUCUACUGGUGCAUUCAGCACUCCUCAGCAAGCUCCUGCAGAGACCGUCGCCGAAGUCGCCCCUUCCAAGCCUCAAGUCAAUCAAUCGCCUCAGAUCAACCAGUCGCCCGCUCUCAAGGCAGACGGCAAGGGAGAAGAACUACACCCCAAUGUCCGCCGUGGUGCUCCUCCAGAGUUUGAGGGUGAUGUCAACCCCCAGACAGGCGAGGUCGGCGGCCCCAAGAACAACCCUCUGCGAUGGGGCCAUCAGAGCGACUGGAGUUACAAUGGCCGUGUUACCGACUUUUGA